AUGGCUGCCGAUUUGCUGUUGGCAGCGCCGGUGGGCUCUGUCAAGUGUAACAGCGAAAAAAAAGAAAAGAAAAACAGCUAUCGAGAAAAUCAAUUAAGGCAUCAUCAUCAUGUUUUAUUCUAUUCGCUCUUAUGUUUAGUUUCCGUUUUUUGGAUGCUUGCUAAGGCGCCGACUAUUCCCCACUUCACGCCCAUUCGCCCCCGCAAACCGAAAACAAUUUGUUCGUUGGGCAUGAGGGCAGAGGAUAAAUGA